AUGAUCAAAAUAUUUUGCCGUAUACCAUAUUUUAAAGGGAUACAUAACAAAAACUUAAAACACUUUUACGUGAGGUGUUUACGACUUCUGUUAACAUCAGUUUCUUUUGAAAAAUUCACUGAUAUUCUCAAGGCAUUGUUAACAGUUUCUAUGAGUGAAACAGAUGGAUGGUAUAACAACGAGCCAACACCAGCGGAGUCUGCAAGAAAAAUGCUAUUGGACAAAAUAAAAGGAAUUGAUAUAAAUUAUGAAGAUAUGACCGAUAUUGAUUCUGAAGUAGAAGAGAGGGGGGUUUGGAUGGAGAAAAAUAUGAUUGCGAGGAACCUAUUGAUGGAAUUAAAGAAUAUUUGGAAGAUAUUGAACAAUUUUCCAUUACGCAAUCAAAAAUAA